GAAUGUGGCUUUUCUUCUUAUUCUUGAAUCUUGAGCUGAUUCCUACUUGAACAAGCUUGUCUUUUUUUUUCCAACUUAAAGUUCUUGACCAAUGAGAAAUCAAAUUACUAUGACUCUUUUUCACUGUAAAAAGGAAAUGGAUUUCUCUUAACGCAUAGAGCAACGACUGCGCUCAUAAAGAUUAACUAGAGAAGUGGACGGGCCCGGCAAUUUUUUACGCACGCAUUUCUGAUUAGUUGCAUACUACUAUAUGCGACUUAUAAGUCGCAUUUUGUUUCUGAAACUUAUAAGUUGGCGUAUAAAUCCGAAAUUGCGUUCAUAGUAGAGAGGGUAGAAUUCUCCUGGACAACCUUUCCCCCUUUCCCCGAUCAGAAAAACCGCAUAUCGCCCCCUCCGCCAUAGCAAGCGAUUUUCGAUGUUUUUGAGUGAUUUUUUGUAGCAAAUAUUUUCUACAUCCAACAACAAGCUCAAACCUAGGCUUCGUUGAAAAAUCCCUAAAAGUGAAAUCAACUCCACUCUUUUUGUAUUCGAAUUUCACUACGAAAGAAAGCUGCGUGUAACAUCCAUUGCACUUCUUGGUGGUGUUAUUUCUGCUGGCGCUGAAUGAUGGGAAACCAAUCACUCUGUGACAAUAACAUGGUGGUGGAGGAGGAAGCAGAGUAUGUAUUGCUUGAUUUGGAUGGCAUUUCCUCCGCAGUUCACAUUCCCCCAAAUGCACCAUAUGUUCUCUCUGGUCUCGACACAUUGAAUCCCAUCCUGACCAUUGAUGGCAAAAUCAAGCUGAUUGGACAGUAUGAUGAGACUAUUGGGACAUGCCUUGUAUUUAGUGAAAGUGAUGCUCCCUCCAUGGUUCAUGAAGACACAGGACCAUCUGAAUCCAACCAUUUGCCAGGAAGACGCAUAUUAGACCCUAAGGAAACCGAGUCCAAGCAAGUCAAGCCUGUAACACAGCUUCAUAAGAUACUUAAGUUCAGGUUGUUGCAGGAUACUGAAACUGAAGAUGCAAGAAAGAAGCCAAAAGAAGAUUAGGUAGCUGAGCUUUUGACUAAAUUAGAAGAUAUGUUUGACAAUGUAUAGAGGAGUCGAAGCAGAGCCAUUACAACAUAGCAUUGCUAGUACAUAAACGAAAUACUAGCUUCAGAAACUCAGAUGUUUCACAAUGGUUAGCAAUUAGAUAUGGCAGAUAGAAUUGGUAGGUUACAAAAUGUCAUUUCUUACUCUGAAGCAAAGGGAAAAGUGCUCUGACUCGCAACUACAUGUUGCAUAGAUGAACCAGAAUUGCUCUGGAGUUUCUCCUAGCAUUAUCUCAUUCCUAUAUCCAAUAUAGUCCUUCUGAUGCAGAAAGGGAGGAAAAAAGAGUGAAAUCUAUCGGCAGAUUAGAAUAAAUUGUUAAAUCUAAUUUCUGUUCUUACCAA